GACGCCCUCAAGUGGAGGAGAGCAGCGUGACAGCCUGUUCCUGGUAAAUAAAGUUAAGUUUCGUUUUCCAAUCAUCAGAAAUGAAACUCCACAGAUGACACUGAGCUUUCCGAUCGCCGUGAACCCACCAGCCUCACUCCAGCUGCAGUCUAUGCUCGGAGGAGGAAGGAGAGGAAACCUUAUUUCUACAGUCUAUGAAGGAAACCUGAAGGAAACUCAGGAUGGGCGAUAAAGCGAUGGAGACCGAGAUUUUAAAAAUCAUCUGCGCCAAUCAAGGAGCAGUUGAUACGAAGUAUUUGAUGUCAAAUCUCGGAUUUGGAGAGUCUGCGACUGAGAUCAUCAGUAACCCAGAGAAAUUUGCAUUUUGUUGUCCUUUCGGACAGCCGAAGGUGGUGGCCAGGACCAGCCUGAAACUGUGCAGAGCCAAGGCCUGUCUGGGAACAUGCAAAGCGCUGCACCUGUGUAAAAACUUCCUCUUCAGCGGAUCCUGUAAAUUCAGUCAAAUGAGUUAUGGAUGCAAAUACUCCCAUGAUCUGAGCUCCUCUUACAAUCAGACGAUUCUGCAACAGUAUGAGCUGGAGAGUUUAAGCCGGACAGAGCUGUGUACAAUUCUGCUGCAGAGUGAAAACAAUCUCCUGCCUUCUGUAUGCCACAAUUACAACAACGGGCCUGGUUUGUACGGCAAAUGUCUGGAUGGUGAUGUUUGCAGUAGACUGCAUAUCUGUGAAAGGUCCCUGAACCGAGGCUGCAACUGCCCCAAGACUCAUGAUUUCAACGCCCAACAGCCGCUGACUUUCCUGCAGGCAAAAGGCGUUCCUGACGACCUAUUUCCCUGCUUGAAGUCUGUUUAUGCAAACAAAGCGGCUUUGAGGUUCAAUGCCAGAAAGGGUGAUGGGGGCAACAAGGACAACCAGCAGCAGCUGGACUCUGCAGUUGGGGAAAGUUCUGUAGCUACAGACAACAUCGGUACAUCCUGGGUAGCUGGUCAAAACUGGCAACAAAAGGAGUGGCUCAGAGGACGAGGGAGGGGAGGUUUUCGGGGAAAUAGAGGCAACAGAGGUGCUAGGGGCAAUAGGAGAAACCAGGACAACCGUCCACUGCAGAAGAAAACCCUUUCCAGCAGUGACAUUGCUUCUGACUUUGAUUUGAUAGACCUGUACAGCGAUGGUGGACCAACCGAAGGCAACAGUGAUUUGGAACAAGCCAAUAACACUCCUGUAGUUAUCAGAGGGGGAGGUGGCAACCGCCUCAUCUGGAGCAACCAGGGAAACCAACAAGAGCUGCAACAAUCAUCAAGCGACACUGCUGCAGUCAACGCUGAUGCAAACCGUGAUGAUGGACCUUCCAGAAGGUCAAGGCCUGUCAGAGAUAAAACUGAGAUAUGUCUGUACUUCAUCAAAGGCCACUGCAUACAUGGUGAUGAGCGGUGUUACAAAGUUCAUGACAAGAUGCCGUACAGAUGGGAAGUCAACGUGGAUGGUCAAUGGACCGCCCUGGAUGAUAAUGAGACGAUUGAGAAGGCCUAUUGUGACCCCAAAAACACGUACAGUAGCAGCAGUCCAUCUGUGCACUUCGACACGAUGACCCAAGGACAGAACAAAGUGCGACGACUCUCCACCAUGAACUCUCUGCUCCAGCCAGACUUCAUCCACACCACCGAGUGGCUUUGGUACUGGGAGGAUGAGUUUGGAACGUGGAACGUGUACGCUUCAGCGAUUGGUGGACACAAACAAGCAGACAUGGACAGCGAUACACUGGAGCAGAAGUUUCUGGACAACGACAAAGACGUGGUGGUGUUCAAGGCCGGAUCUCAGACGUAUUCUCUCAGUUUCCAAGACAUGAUACAAACAAACCAGCACUAUGGUACCAAGAGGUUGGUGAAAAGACUACCACGCUUUUUCUCUGCAGCGGAUGUCCGGGCAAAGAGAGUGAGAAGGCCUCCAGGUCAAUCAAGUUUCGCUGCUUUACCAGACUACUGGGACAAGACUCAGGUCCCACAAACAGGAUACAAGAGAGUCUCCCUCCUGCCCAGCUCGGAUGAAUUUAAAGAGAUUGAAGCUCUUUUCGGUCAAACUGUAAGAGGCUUUGAUAUCGUCAAAAUCGAGAGAAUUCAGAACAAAGCUCUUUGGGAAGUCUUCCAGUGGCAGAGAAGUCAGAUGGUGAACAACAACAAGGGGCGUAAUGUGACAGAAAAGAAGCUGUUUCAUGGCACGGACUCCAAAUUCGUAGACGUCAUCAGCCACACCAACUUCGACUGGAGAAUCUGUGGAACUCAUGGAACUGCUUAUGGCAAAGGUAGUUACUUCGCCCGGGAUGCCAGAUACUCCCACAACUACACUGGUGACUCUGAUGUGAGAUCCAUGUUUGUGGCACGGGUGCUGGUGGGACACUACACCAGAGGAUCUUCUGACUAUCGCAGGCCUCCUUCCAAAGAUGGUGGAGACAUAAACUUCUAUGACAGCUGCGUAGAUGACGUCCUAACCCCCUCCAUCUUUGUUGUGUUUGAGAAGCACCAGAUCUACCCUGAGUACCUGCUGCAGUACAAGACCACUGACACAGUCUCUGUAAUGUAUGGUACCUCAUCAGGUCCAGCAUAUAGACCAGUUGUUGCACCGACACCAGUUGUUGCACCGAGGCCAGUAAUUGCACCGAAGCCAGUAAUUGCACCGAGGCCAGUAAUUGCACCAACCCCAGCACCUGCACCUAGACUAGCACCCAACCCAAUCUAUCAACCCAGCAGUCCAGCCUACUCCCCACCUAAAUUGUCCUACCAACCCAGCACAUCCACUUACCAAUACCAGACCAGGACACCUGCAAGCCAAUUCACACAGUCUUCUCCCUCCCCAACCCCAAAGCCCAAGAAACAAUCUGACUCCUGUGUCAUUGCUUAGAUUCAGAUAUACCGUGAUGUCAGUUGUUUGUAUUUGAAGGAGCUUGAUGUAGCUACUGCGAAAAGUAAUAUCGUGUUGUCAGUAAAAUAGACAUCAAUUCAAGUAUGCAGUAAAGACUAGACUGACUUUUAACCAACACAUGACAGAAUGACUUUAAGUAUCUGUGUGGAAGAGCUUAGUUUGGUUCUCGUUGGCGACACCUGUGGUGAUGAGCGGUUACUACAGGCGUGUUUUUUCGGACCUGGCUUUAACACAGAUCCUAACUGUGACAUAAAGUUUUAGAUACAGACAAAAUGAAAACCCUGGAUGUUGUUUUUGUUUGUACCGAGGAUGUGUUUAGCUAACUAGUAAGGCUCCAGACAAGGAGUGAGUUUCACUGCUAUAAAGGCUGGUUGAAUAUGCCAGAUCUUUCAAAUAGCUUACAAAUCAUUCAGUGGAAUGAGUAGGAGUAAAGGCUGAUUUAUACUUCUGCGUCGCCCCUACGCAGCAGGGGCUGACGCGGACAUGAGCCCCACAUACUUCUGCGUCGAUGUGUCCGUGUCGCGCAGCAAUUCUCCGCCGAAACGCCUGAGGGCAGUGUGCUCUCUCUGAUAGCCGGUCUCCUACUUCCGGCCCGCUACGAUCUCUGUUUACUUUUCCACAUCGAAUCAGAGCGUUUUAUGCUAAUCUUCAGCUGAUACAUGUUGCUGUUUAUCGUACAGACAUGAUUACAUGAAGAAUAGAGAGGAGGAGAUGAAAUACACGGCCGAUGUGUGGCCGAUGUCCGGGAUCCCGGAAGUGCUGUGAAUGCGGGAAAGACAAAGCCGCCGAGCGGACCAAUCACAGGGCUUGCGGUCCGCGUCGGCUCUACGCGGAGUUACAUUUUGGAGGAGGUGCACGUCAGCUACGUGCGUAGGCCUCUGCGUAGGUACGGGAGCUACGCAGACCUACGGCGUAGGCUACGCCGUCAGUUCGACGCAGAAGUAUAAAUCAGCCUUAACAGAGUAUCCUACAACCCAUCAAUAAACCCUUGUUGGUGUACAUUAUAUUGAAAAAAAUAACUUUUAAAUGAGCUGAAAGUGGAUUAUAAUUACAGUAUAUAAAUAUUUAAAUAAGGGCUAUUUAAGUGUUUUAAGGUUGUUUCACCGAGUGAAAAAAAAGCUGGUAAUACUGACUUCUCUAUAAAAUGUAAGCUGAUAGAGAAAAGUCUACAUGAUAUGAAAUGGAAGUUGUAAUAGCAAAGUUCGGACUCAAAGUAGUGGUACCAGUUUUAAUACUAUCACUGGUACCAUGUUCUGCCACAACAUGGAUUUUGGCAUUACCGCCAUCACUAGUGUGAACACGCGCUUUCGUUAUUUCUGCCCACAUGUUUUGGUUUUAAAGCGCACAUGACUGAUAUUCACUUUCCCAAACACUGAUGCAGUCUUGGUACAGAGUAAAAAAGAUUGUGUAAUGAAGUGAUGACCAACGACAAUGUAGAUAGAAUCCCAGCCUUCUCCAUGUUCCCCUUUCAUGCUACCUAGCAGCAAUGCUCCAAAACAAAGUGCACGUCCUCCUCCUCCUGCGCCUUGUCUCAGAGCAGACGUCAUUACCAGUAGAAAUAAAAUGGGACUCAGCAGUCAGGUGAAAAUGUGCUCCUCUCUUUUCAAGUUUGAUGGCAGGGAGCAACAGCAGCAUUUCUAUUACAACGGCUCUACCUUCUUGCUAACAACUCAAAUAGCAAAAUAAAGAACUGGUCGAUUUCUAGAAGUGCAUUUUGACAAAGAGUUCCAGGGUCUUCCAGCCCCCAGAACUACUUUACCCUGAACUAAAAGGUUCCUGUGCCCCCAUUGUUGUCUGCGUUUCGACCGCGGGCUGAAGUCCAGGGUAGAUUGUGCAAAUCAGGCCAGUGACGUAUGGAUGGCGCUGUUUUGAGGCCAAUCGGCGGCGGCAGCCAUAUUGCUGCUGUUGAGCGAUUGUGACGUAAAGAGGCGGGCUUUGAGCCUCCUAGCCAACAGCUACAGUGUUCCUGCCUGUCAAUCAAGUCAGCUGUGCCUCUCAUUGGAAGACUCGUAAUCUCAAUAUCUUUGAAAUUACCGUGUUAUGAAAAAAUUCACCCCCCGUACAGUGUGAGCCGAUCAAGAAAUGAUCUAUCCAGACUACACUUGUUUUUUGAACCAGGCUGUAAACAUGUUUGUUUCUGCUGUAAAGAUCGGCUUCUUUGAAUUGGUGUGUAUGUGGUUUCUGGUACUUCUGCAGCCAGCCUCAAGUGGAUCCUCGAUGAACUGCAGUUUUUAACACUUCUGCAUUGGACUCAUGUUUUUAGACUGGAGGUUGCUGCUUGCAUAUACCUUCUGUUCAAUUUCAAAAUAAAACACCCGGUAGGAAUCCCAACUAUAUACCACAUCAUAUAGAGAAGAGAUACUUAUUGAUAAUGGAUAUAUUACUUACAGCCACAAAUCUGUGAUUGUUUUUGACCACAUUAAGACUUUUAGCUGUUAGCCUUGUUAACUUCACUUCCUGUGGAAAUUAGGAGUGACAAGAAGACCUGAGAGAAAAUGACGAGCCUGUUAGUCUCGUGUUUUAUACGUCAAAUGUUUCAGCCUCCUCACUGCUCCAUCCAGAUCUGACCUUUUAGUUUUUGGAAGUGGACGUCGUAGAUAAAUGCAUCUUGUUCACACAGAUUUCGUCAAUGAGUUAUUUUUGGUGUUGCUUUGUUGUAUUUUUCUUCUUCUUUCAGUGUUUGCGAAUAUAUAAUAAAAAAACGUUAUUUGUCAUCUAUUUUAAAUAUCAUACGGUUGAUUAAAAAAUCAAAGUCUGUUUAAUGAUAAAUCAACAAAUCCAGUUGCUGUUAACUCAGAAAUCUGCUCAGGAAUUUUUUUAACAAUCCAAAUGCCUCAAAAUAAAUAUUCAGUUACCAAUGUUUGGUGGGGAGUGUUUUAUUCUAACUGAAAUUUGUUCUACACUAUGUUGAGGGCUCAAGUUUCUGAUGCUAGAUUGCAUUAUUUUGACGUUUUCAGUUCUGUGUUCCAUCUUUAAUGUGUCUAAAAAUAUUCCUGUUUUAAAAAUUGUUGAUUUUUGCAAACUAUCAAGUUUUGUGCACUAAAAUAAAUGAAUAAAAUAUUCAUGUCAAAUGUAAA